AUGUUGCACUCCCCCAUGUGAAGUAAGUCUUACUGUGCUCUGGCUCCUCCUAUGGUAUCUUAACACCAUGAAGAGGAAGUGGAUUAAUUGCACUCUUUGAAAUCACCAUUGGUGGACUUGGUGCUGCCAAGAGACUGUAAACACAGACAUUUUAAUUUGUUAAUAAAGCUCGAUGCACUAAACCUCACUCAAGUGAUCAUCUACAGUGGCUAAAAUGAAUUACCUGUGGGAUUCAACAGCUUUUACAGAUAAUGUAUACAUAUCAAAACGAAGUAUUAGAAAGAUUCUCAUCAGCAAGAGGCAUUAUCUGCCUGUGGAGAGUAACAUUACUGACACUGUGAAAAUGAGCUUUAAUCUACCCAGUGAAAAGGACAUCAGUGCUUCUGACAGUUGUGAUGAAAGUAAAAACAAAAGAAGCCAAGAGAAUUCCAGAAGUCAAGCUACAUGCCACCUUCAUGAGAGACAUUCUGAACAAUCCUCUGAAAAGGAGAGAGAAGUGGAUGUAACUGAUGUGAAGGCUGAGCCUGGAUCUGACCCUGAGCCUGGAUCUGAUUCCCGACUGAAUCAUGAGCACUUGGAAGCGACCAGCAUCCCCAACAUGAAAGUGAAGCAGGAGGUGGAAAUCACUACACCAUAUGAUCUGGCAGCAAUUCCACAAGAUCAGCAGGAGACUGUGGGGGAUAAAUGCAAGGUUGAGGGUAACAGAGGGGACAGCCUGAAUUCUUCUCAGAUUCAGGUUUUAAAAAGACAUUAUGUCUUUGCAGGCAUGAAAAAGCGAGGAAUGGAAGGAGACACGGAAAACCGUCCAUACAAGUGCCCCUACUGCAACUGGGCUUUCAAAAGGUCUAGUAACCUUUUAAGCCAUAUCGAUACUCACCAAGGUCUUAAACCACACGUUUGUGAGCUGUGUGGGAAGGCCUACUCGCACCAAGGUACUCUUCAGCAGCACAAACGGCUACACACGGGCGAAAGACCAUACCAAUGCCCAUUUUGUGAGAAAAGCUACAUUUGGUCCUCUGACUUCCGCAAACACAUCCGAACGCAUACCGGAGAGAAGCCGUACACCUGUAAGGAAUGUGGAAAGGACUUUGUGCGUUCCUCUGACCUGCGGAAGCACGAGCGCAACAUGCACACCAACAACAAGCCAUUCCUCUGCAAGCAGUGUGGCCAAACCUUCAACAAACCCCUAUCGCUUCUCCGUCAUGAGCGCAAGCAUUUGGGUGAGAGGCCCUUUCUGUGCCCAGAGUGCGGGAAAGCAUUUGCCCUGGCCAGUCGCAUGACAGAGCACAGGAAAAUCCACAGCAGCAUGCGUCCCUACACCUGCUCCGUUUGCUCCAAAGCUUUCACCAAGUCCUCCAACCUCGCUGAACAUCUCUCAGUUCACAGCGGAGAGCGGCCACACAAGUGCUCAGAGUGUGGACUGGCAUUUGCAAUGGUGUCCCGGCUAGUGCGACACCAGCGUAUUCACACAGCUGUCCGCUCUUAUCACUGCCAAGGCUGCGAUAUGUCAUUCAGCUACCUCACGGAACUCAAGAGGCAUCAGAAGCAGCAUAGAGAGGGCACAAUCUUUGUAUGUGGUCAGUGCAGUAAAUCUUUCCCACAGGAUUCCCUGCUUACAGAACACAUGCAGAGCCAUGCUGACGCUGAGACUUGCAUUUCCUAAGUACUGUUACUGAAGUAACUGGAGGAUAGCAAGUAAGCCUGGGUUAUCUAUCUAUCUAUCUAUCGAUCUAUCUAUCUAUCUAUCUAUCUAUCUAUCUAUCUAUCUAUCUAUCUAUCUAUCUAUCUAUCUAUCUAUCUAUCUAUCUAUCUAUCUAUCUAUCUAUCUAUCUAUCUAUCUCUCUAUCUAUCUCUCUAUCUAUCUAUCUAUCUGUCUGUCUGUCUGUCUAUCUAUCUAUCUAUCUAUCUAUCUAUCUAUCUAUCUAUCUAUCUAUCUAUCUAUCUAUCUAUCUGUCUAUCUAUCUAUCUAUCUAUCUAUCUAUCUAUCUAUCUAUCUAUCUAUCUAUCUAUCUAUCUAUCUGUCUAUCUAUCUAUCUAUCUAUCUAUUAGCCUUAACCACAUGGUUAUAUUUAGCUAGAAUUAAAAAAAGAAAAAAAAAUAUUUGAUGAGACUUGUGUCUAUUUUUAUUAGUGUUAACUGCAGGAAAUUGUGGAGACCACUGUCGAAAGUAAACACACUGGUGACCCAUUUGUAAAAUGUUAUUGGAAGCUUAUGGCAUCUUGCCAAAACAGGUAGAUUCUGUUUGUGAAUGAGAGAAAGUGAUAAGGAAUAUAGUGAAUUCUCUUAGAGGUGUUGCAUGCAUAGUGCUAUUUCAAGUUAGAAAAUAUGUUAUUAAAGCUGUUUGAUAUUACUAUGUGGUGGUACUAUAUUUUGGUACUAAAUGUAUGCUGUAGGUGUAAAUGUUUAAUUGUAUUUUGAGGUUGCAGAUAUUGGGCUGGUGGUACAUGAUACAGUAUAUGGUGAAUUAAAUGAACUAUGAACUGUUACCUCUUCUUUUAUGUAGUUAAAACUCAGAAUUAAUAAAAUCCAGAUGUUUUCAGGA